ACACUUCAAUUUCAGUGUGAUCUGUCUCUACAGCUCUUAUACACUUGCAUUCUGUCAAACUCUUAUGAAGAACAAUACCCAUUGAUUUCUGGAGUAUUGUUCAUCCGCUUUUUGGCAGAUGGAAUUGACCCAUUAUGCCUCUUGUUCAUCACAUUAUCUUCCCAAGUUGCUCUCUCCUCACAAGCCUCCCCAAUGGUGGAAUCCAACUCCAAGAGGCAAAAGCUCAAACAAUUGGUCUGCAAAACCCUCCAACAUGAGAUUCUCCAAGUGGGUCGUUGCUGCUGUGGGUAGUGGGGCUGAGGCCGAGACUGUGGUCGUGGAGAAGCCCAAAUUACAGCCGUUUCUGGUGUUCGAGGGUUGUCCCGCUCCGUUGGGUGCCACUGCUAGAGACGGUGGGGUGAAUUUUGCGGUAUACUCGGGCAAUGCUGUUUCGGCGACUCUUUGUUUGAUCAGUGCUUCGGAUUUGGAAGAGGAUAGGGUGACUGAGCAGAUUUCUCUUGAUCCAUUGACUAAUAAGACUGGAGAUGUCUGGCAUGUAUUUUUGAAGGGAAAUUUUGAAAAUAUCGUGUAUGGUUACAAAUUUGAUGGAAAAUUUUCUCCUGAAGAAGGGCACUACUAUGAUUCGUCUCGGAUGCUGCUGGAUCCUUAUGCAAAAGCAGUUAUUAGCAGAGGGGAGUUUGGUAUUUUGGGACCUGAAGGUAAUUGCUGGCCCCUAAUGGCUGGAAUGAUACCUUCUUCUGAUGCUGAGUUUGACUGGGAAGGGGAUCUACCUCUGAAGUAUCCACAAAAAGAUCUUAUAAUAUAUGAAAUGCAUGUUCGUGGGUUUACAAGGCAUGAAUCUAGCAGGACCAAAUUCCCUGGUACUUACCAUGGUGUAGUGGAGAAGCUUGAUCACUUGAAGGAACUUGGAGUCAACUGUAUAGAGUUAAUGCCAUGUCAUGAGUUCAAUGAACUGGAGUACUUCAGCUACAAUUCUGUCUUGGAUGACUAUAGGGUGAAUUUUUGGGGAUAUUCAACCGUCAAUUACUUUUCACCGAUGAUAAGAUACUCAUCUGCGGGCAUCCAUAAUUGCGGUCAUGAUGCAAUAAAUGAAGUCAAGCUUCUUAUUAGAGAAGCACAUAAACGGGGAAUUGAGGUUCUCAUGGAUGUGGUUUUCAAUCACACUGCUGAAGGGAAUGAGAAUGGUCCCAUUUUGUCAUUUAGAGGUGUUGAUAACAGUGUCUAUUAUAUGCUUGCUCCUAAGGGAGAAUUCUAUAAUUAUUCAGGUUGUGGAAACACCUUCAAUUGCAACCAUCCCAUUGUGCGCCAAUUUAUUUUGGACUGCUUAAGAUAUUGGGUAACAGAAAUGCAUGUGGAUGGCUUUCGCUUUGAUCUUGCUUCUAUCAUGACCAGGGGUAGCAGUCUCUGGGAUGCUCUUAAUGUAUAUGGGAAUCCAGCAGAAGGUGACUCACUGACCACUGGCACCCCUCUCAGCAGUCCUCCAUUAAUUGAUAUGAUUAGUAAUGAUCCAAUACUCCGUGGAGUGAAGCUUAUUGCUGAAGCAUGGGAUGCAGGAGGCCUUUACCAAGUUGGCAUGUUUCCUCACUGGGGUCUUUGGUCAGAGUGGAAUGGGAAGUAUCGUGACAUAGUGCGGCAGUUUAUUAAGGGUUCAGAUGGAUUUUCUGGGGCUUUUGCUGAAUGCCUUUGUGGGAGCCCUAAUCUGUACCAGGAAGGAGGGAGGAAACCUUGGAACAGUAUCAACUUUGUGUGCGCACAUGAUGGUUUUACAUUGGCUGAUUUAGUGACAUACAACAAGAAGCAUAACAAUGCAAAUGGAGAGGACAACACUGAUGGGGAGAAUCAUAAUAACAGCUGGAACUGUGGACAAGAAGGAGAGUUUGCAAGUAUUUCAGUAAAGAAAUUGAGGAAACGACAAAUGCGAAAUUUCUUUCUUUGCCUCAUGGUUUCCCAAGGUGUCCCUAUGAUCUACAUGGGUGAUGAAUAUGGUCACACAAAAGGGGGGAACAACAAUACAUAUUGCCAUGAUAACUAUAUGAACUACUUCCGAUGGGAUAAGAAAGAAGAGUCAUUAUCUGAUUUCUUCAGAUUUUGCUGCCUUAUGUCCAAAUUCCGCCAAGAAUGCGAGUCACUUGGCUUAAAUGACUUCCCAACAGCAGAGAGGCUGCAGUGGCAUGGGCGCACCCCUGGGAUGCCAGACUGGUCUAAAACAAGCCGUUUUGUGGCAUUUACAAUGGUUGAUUCAGUGAAGGGAGAAAUAUAUGUUGCCUUCAACACUAGUCAUCUGCCGAUCAUCAUUAAACUACCAGAACGGCCUGGUUACAGAUGGCAGCCCCUGGUGGACACCAGCAAACCUGCACCGUUCGACUUCCUCUCAAAUGAUGUACCAGAGAGAGACACGGCGGUUAAACAGUAUUCACAGUUUACCGAUGCAAACCUGUACCCCAUGCUUAGCUAUUCUUCCAUAAUCCUAUUACUCUGUCCUGUUGAUGAGAACGCAUAGUCCAAGGCAUGUGAGCUGAAGCACAUGAUCAAGCGAUGAGAUGGAUAAUGUGACUGUCAAUAGAAGUUGAAGCAUGAGACAAAAAUGAAACUAGAAAUGUAUUGUAUAUGCAUCUUCAUUAUAUACAUGACUUCUCUCCUCAAAACGUGAUGGCAAUGCAAUAAACUUGUUUAUUUGCUCACAAA